UUUUGGGAAAUAAUAAUUUGUUUAAAGAUUUUAAAAAUGUGCGAUGUGGUCGAAUACUCUACGCUGCUACAUGAGAGAAAUAGCAAACCAAGCAGGAGACAGAAGAUGGUUCCACUGUCCCGGCUGGUCUUGGUUUUAAUUCUGACCGCAAUUAUGACCUCGGGCGAGCUGGUCAUGGCACAGAUCUGUCACUCUAUCACUCUGUUAGUUCUAGUGCAUCAAAACAUCUAUAACUGCAUCACGAUAUCAGUUGCCUGCAUCACUACCAAGUUAAGUCGAGAUAAAAGUUUAAAGAAUACUUUUGGUUGGCACAGAAUAGAGGUAGUUGGGUCCAUCGCUUCUUUAGUGUUUCUCUCUUCACUUUGCUUUGCAACUUUUAUAGAAGCCAUACAGACAAUAUUCCAUACAGAUCAUUUGGAUACAAUGCAUAAUCCUGACUGGAUUCUUCUACUUCUGGCAGUUCACAUUGGAGUUUGGUUCCUGGCUUUUAUUUUUCUUGGAGGAUAUACCCAUCAACAAAACACAGCUGUCAGGAUGGAGAGAUCGAAGAGUUCAGGUGGAAAGAUAAAGCAAAUUAGCAGUUUAGAGACGGAGACAAAAUCUUUCAAAGAUGUUUUAACGGAGGUUCAGUUGAAAGAAAUUGCUCGGGAUCUACAAGGAGCAGGGUUUGGUCUAGUAACCUGCUGUCUGGUGAUAUUCGGCAUAUUAAGUGAAGAGUACAUAAUGUACAUAGACCCAGUAAUAGCUAUGUUGUACAUCACUUCUUUAAUCUGGUCAAGUUCUGCUAUAGUUAAAGAAAGUUGUUAUAUUCUUCUGCAGACUAUUCCAGGUGAUGUAGAGGUAUCCCUACUGAAGAAGGUACUACUAGCCAAGUAUCCUGAUAUCUUAGGAAUCCAUGAGAUGCAUGUUUGGACCUUUACACCUGGAGAUUAUGUACUCUCAGCUCACAUCAAGUAUAGGAACAAGCAGGCGUAUAAAUCUCUGUAUGUUGACGUUGACCUUUUUUUCCGAGAGCACGGGUUUAAAAAGGUGACCCUGCAGCCUGAGUUUACUGAUAGUGAGAACCCAACCUCAGAUCAGAUUUCAGUCUGUAGCUGGCUUUGUCAGGGACCUGAUUGUAAUGAAAAGAGAUGUUGUAAGAUCUCAGAACCAGCAUCUUCAGGGGCUUCAGGGGCAAUGGAAGCAUCAAUUGAACCCUCAACAAGAUCUUUGGCAUGAAACUCACGGAGGAAAACUUCUGGAAAGGAAUUGAGUUGUUCAAACUAAAAAUUCUUUAAGACCAAACCGUCUAAAUUUGAAAUAUCAAAGUUUUACACAUCAAACUGCAAAAAAAUAUAAGGAGUAAGAUUAAAACUUGAAUUUUUCCAAAAGCUCAAAACUUGGUGGAAAGAGUACCAAGGUUUUUGAUUCCUUGGAUUUUCUUCCCCAUAACCUUUAUUCAUGGAAGAUUUUUUUCAGCAAAACUUUUUCCUGAACUCUUUUUACAACAACUUUAUUUCAGAUCACUUUCUUGGCAGUUAACUUGUGAGAGUUCAAAUUUUUAAUUUCAUGAUGAUAUUCCAUAUCUUGAAAGGAAUGUAUAGUCUUUGGCACUCCAUUAAUUCUGUCCUAUUCUCCAUAGUAUCCUUUCAACCUUUCAUCAUUGAUAUACUUUAAAAAUGAAGGGCCACUUGAAGGUACGUCUUUAGACCCUUAUUUAAUUUAAUUUUAAAUCUGAUUUGUAUUGUUAUUAAACUCGUAAAUUGUGAAAAUAUUAUAAAGAUUUUUGUAAUCGUAUGUUAAUUUUAGAUUUAUGAUUAUUGCAUUUUAAUAAUUGUAUCAUGUUUGAAUGGAUAUCAUGACAAUUACAAAAAUUAAAUAAUUCCCUAAUUUCCCUUUAAUUCAUGAUUACAACUUUUUAAUUGGUGGUUUAGGAGAGGGAAUUCCUUUUAUUUCAUUAUUUAAAAAAAAAUCAUCGAAUAUUUAAUUUAAACAGAUGAUAGAUUACAUUUACAUCAUUGACUCAAAAGUGAAAUGCACUUCAAUCAUCUAAUUAUUAAUUACAAUAAUUAACUAAAUUGAAUUUAAUUGAAAUACAUCUAAAAUUGCUCUCAUAACAUUUCUCAUAUUUGUUAUACAAAGAUAAAUGAGAGUUACAAUUAGAUCUCAUCAAAAUUUGAAAUUUCAAGUUAUCUGUAUAAUAAAGCUCUUCGCUCAUAAUUUUCCUUGAAGUUAUUGAGAUAUUUAAAGGAAAGAAAACUCUGUUCUAACUUAAUGAUUUUAAAACUAUCGCCGCCU